CUGAGACAGCAAGACUGACCUACGAUAGUUCAAACUGCCAUCGCUUGUUGGUGAACUUCGAUCUUCGUUGAAACUACAGAAGACAAAGAUGACAAAACGAUCCACAAAGGAGUUUAAAACUCCAGCCCUCAGAACAACAGAAGGAAAUUUUUCUCCUACUGUAAGUGAAUGCUGAAAUGCUCAUGUUGUUUCUGUGGAUUCUAUGGUCAUUUUUAGAGUCCAACAGCUCUAGACCAGAGCUUCACAGUACAGAAACAAGAGAUUUAAGGAAGAGGAAUCUGAAGAGAAAGGCUGAGGACCUUGAAGAACCACUGAGCAAGAAGAAGAAGACGAUGACAGAAAAAGAAAAAGUGGAUUACCAAAGAGCCAAGUUCCAAGAAAAAUAUAUUGAGCUUCAUGAACUGGCAGAAGGAAACUUUGGAUCUGUGUAUGCAGGCUAUCGAGUGAAGGACAAAUUACCUGUAGCAAUCAAGCAUGUCCAAAAACACAGCAUGCUUCUCAAGCAUGAGGAUGAGAAUGGCAGGGAGAUGGCCUGGGAGCUGGCUGUCAUGCUAAAACUAAGGACUAUGGGGCAGUCCGGCAUGGUGUUCCUGCUGGACUGGUACAAUCUGGAACAGGAGCUGAUUUUAGUGAUGGAGAGGCCCAUGCCUUCUGAUGACCUCUCAUGCUACAUUAUGGACCAUGGAGGUUCCUUAAAGAUGAAGGAGGCCAAGAUCAUACUGAAACAACUGGUGGAAGCUGCAAUUCACCUUGAGAAUGCAAACAUCUUCCAUAGGGACAUUAAAGUGGAUAAUAUCUUGAUUGAGACCAGCUCAGAAGGCCCUAGAGUAUAUCUCAUAGACUUCGGAAUUAGCUGCUUUGACGACGGAAAACAACAUGAAGAUUUUUGUGGUGAUCUCAACAUCAUGCCACUGGACUGGUUUUUUUGUGGCCACUACAGUGCUGGACCCACAACAGUGUGGCAGCUGGGAGGGGUCUUGUUCGAAAUGCUCCACAAGAAGCCAUUCAAGACCCACAGCCAUCUCUCAAACAAGCUAAAGAUCAACAAAAGACUUUCAAAGAAAUGCCAGGAUUUUCUGAGAAAGUGUCUAGCGGUUAACCCCAACGAGCGUCCCACCCUAGAAGAGCUACUGUGUCACCCCUGGUUUUCGUAAACUACACACACACACACACACACACACACAGAGACACAGACAGUCCCCUAGUUGAGAAAUGAUCCAUUUAAUAUAGCUGGUGAUUAUUGGCUUUUCUCCGGGUGCUCCGGUUUCCCCUCUAGUUGAAACAAAAACAGUGAGGUCAAUUGGAGGUUCGUAGGCUUGCUCUGGGAGCUCCAGUUUCAUUUGGUUUCCCCCUUUAAAAAUUAUCAAUUUAUAAUAACUGGUGAUUUUUUUGGUUUUCUCCGAGUGCUCCGGUUUUCUCUCCAGUCUAAAAAAACAUCUGUACAUUACUUGAAGAUUGUACAUCAUGCUUGUGUGAUUGUUUAUAUUUUACUGAAAUGGUCUAAAGGGUGCCUUGAUUGUCAAGGAUGUACCCCAUUUCACACCCAUUGCCCCCCUCUGUGCCACUGAACAGGAAUAAGCUGGUAUAGAAAAUGGAUGAAUGGUUCUUUGUUGGGCCUGCCUUUGCCCGUGUCAUUCCUGCUCUGUUUUUGUGAUGUGUUACCUGUCUAGUCUAGCGUGGAUGAGUGCUAGUUCUGUCAUCCGGUCGUUUUUGAUCUCUGUCUUUUUGGGUCUGGGUUAAUGUGUUUGGGAUGACGGAGUAGAAGGGCCAGAAUAGGAGAUGUUUUGUUUUUUUUAAUUACGAGAAUAAAGUCGUAAUUUUUAUGACAAUUCCUACAAAAAUUUGCAGUCUUCUAUGUGCUACAAUUAGAACUGUUUAGCAUUUUGUGAAGUUAUACAUUAGUAUCAGUUUCAGAAAUAAGAACAUUCAUAAUCUUUUAACAUAUUAGCAUCAAAUUAUUACCAGUUUCACAACUUGGAAUCAAUUGCUCGUUUUGUGGAAAGGGAGCUGUCAUUACCUUUUUCUUGUGAUGUUGCCACUUUAUACUCAUAAUUUCAGCAACAAAAAAAUCUUGUAGCGCCGCGCUAAUACUCCAUCGUGUUUGCGGAUGGUGAAUCUUGUCUGUAAAUGAUAAAGGUGCGGGUUAAAUUGCUUUGGGGCGGCUUUUCAGUGGGGCUGUGGGUGGCUUGCGGGCUGGUUUAGAGUAUCUGGUGGUGCAUCUUUGUCUUUGGUCGUGGUUUGCUUGUUGUAUUCUUUUGUGCAGUGUGUCGUCUUUGGCUGUUGAUGGUGUACACUUGGUAUUCGGUGGUGGUGGGAGGAGAGAAGAUAUUCAUCUGUGCUACAUGGGCGAUGUUAGCUUGUUUUGUAAAAUAUAACCUUUUACAGCUCUUUCAUUGUUGUAUCUGCCCUCUAGAUUCGGUACUGCUUCCACUGUUGAUGCUUGCAUGGUGUGUGUGGGGAGAUCUUUGUCUUGUAGCAAAAGGUACCAGGGGUCAAACCCUGGGGGUCAAACACUGGUCAGGGCUUUUAGUGUUUGGUUAGGUUUGCAUGCUCUCUCUCUUCGUGUGUAGGUUUUCUCCAUUAUUGUUCACCACCAUUAUCCAAACAAUAUCUAUGAUAAGCUAAGCUGAGAUUCUGCUGGAUCUGGAACUUCUAUGCACACACACACACACACACACACACACACACACACACACACAGGUUCACACCUCUGACAUCAAUGCAGGCACAAUAUUUAUUUUUUUACCUAUAUGCAUGUGUAUCAAUCAAUGUUAAUGCAUGUAUUAUUUUCUUUCUGUAUCUGUUCAUAUAUGUGUAUGUAUAUAAAUGUUCAUACAUGAAUAGAAUAUCUAUAUGUAUAUAAAUGUAUGUUUUCUCUCUUGCUUUUGCUUGUUUUUCUUUCUUGCCACCGUUGUCAGCCAACCCUCCUGUCAGCCAACACCAUCUAGCCAGUGACAAUAAGUGUUUCUACCAACUGUCUCUCCAGGAAAGCAGGUAAACUGAGUUGAAGGUAAUGUGAACAAUAUAAAGUCCAAACAUUGCAGGCUAAAUAAUGUCACCUGACUUAUUUGAGCAAAAACAUGAAUUUAUUUAGUGCAAUAAAAACCAAUGCAGCCAUCCUCGGACAGAAGAAUGAAAUGUCGAUAUGAUGUCUGUGGUCAUGAAAUCCUUUGAGGGACUAACGUUGAAGGACCAGAAGGACAUCACAGCCCCCCCGCUGGACCCCCUUGUUGUAAUUAUUGAUGUAAUUAUGAUUAUAAUAGUUAACAUUUAAUUAAUCAAUGUUUUUUUGCUGAUUCCAGAUCCUCCCCAACCCAGUAUUUGUGUGUUUGUAACUCUUUCCUAUCCUCUCAACCCUUAGCCAGUCAAGGCAGCUGACUGCCUAUCCUGAGCCUGGUUCUGCCAGAGGUUUGUCCCUGUAAAAGGGGUUUUCCUCUCCACUGUCACCCUGUGCUUGCUCAGGAUGGGAGAUUGCAUUAAAAUAAAGAUUUGAUGCAAUCUGCUGGUUUCCU